UAACACACACUAAAUUCACACACUCACACACACACACAUAAGUGAGAAAGUAACCAUCACCUUCUAUCACUUUGAAUGUCUUCCUUCCUCUUUCUUGCUCUUCUAUCUUUUGGGUUCAUCCAUGAUCACUAUUAAAUCAACUUCUUACACUUCUUGAUUACAGUUAUAUGAUUCCAUUUUACAAUUUCUAGAGUAGAUUAAAAUAGUUAUAUAUGGAGACAUCAUCAUCAUCAUCUCUAUCUACCAAUAGUUUGAGCUCAAACAAGGUGAUGCAAGAGAGUAACAAUACUACAAAAUGGACUAAUGAGCAAAACACAUGGUUUGAAGGUGCUCUUGCUAUAUUCGAUACCGAAACACCAGAAAGAUGGUCAAAUGUUGCUGCUUUGGUCCCUGGGAAAACCGAAAGCGAUGUGAUCAAACAAUAUGAAAAACUAAAGGCUGAUAUCAAUGAUAUCGAGGCCGGUCUAGUUCCGGAUGAUCACAACUUUAAUAUCUUCAGAAAAAGCCCUUCAAAGUUUAGAUCUUCUAAUCAUGUGCGACGAAAAGGCGUGCCAUGGACCGAAGAGGAGCAUAGGAGAUUUUUGAUGGGUCUUCAAGUUCAUGGAAAGGGAGAUUGGAGAAGCAUUUCUCUUAACUUUGUGAAGACAAAAACAUCAACUCAAGUAGCAAGUCAUGCUCAAAAGUAUUUUGCAAGACAACAUUCAGAUGGUAAAGAGAAAAGGAGACCAAGCAUCCAUGAUAUGUCAAUGGUCAAUCUCCAAAACAACACUAACACUCUAGAGAGAUCUUCUUCGAUGAGUGAAAGAACUGCGAUGAACUAUCCAUUCGAGAUUGCUAAAAUGAACAACAAUGGUGGCAAUGAAAUCAAUAGGUUCGAACCUACAAGGAUAGAUACUGGACAAAAAGGAAUGUCACACCUCAAAUAUCAUCAACGCUUUUUGGACACAACACUUGUGAAUGAGAGAACUCCACAACUAGACGUACUCGGGUGGGGCCUGAGGUUAUAGAUUACGCGUAUGAUAAGGAGAUGCAGUUUCUAGAACUGGUUAAGAAAUUUUCUAGACCACAAUUAUAUGAUCAUUUUCACACUUUGGGUGCCUUUCUUUAUCAAAGUUAAAGUAAAGUUGGCAAGUUAUGUUAGUAAAGAGCAAGAAGCUGACUCAUGUAUAUAUCUUUAUAUGUUGGCUAGACUGCCAUGUCAGCAGCUGACCUCAGCAUCCACUCUUAACAAUAUUUUCUGAAUAUCUAAUUUUUGAGUUUAGUUUUCAUUGGUACCACAAGGCAUAGUAUGUAGGUAAAGGAAUACAAACAUGUUGACUGUUUAGCUUUAAAAUUAUGCUUUGGAAUGAAAAUGUCAUUUAGAUAUUUUUCA